AUGCGCUUUGUGGACAUAGUCAAGGAGUAUCUUUUCAAUUCGACAAUUCAUGGCAUCAAGUUCAUAGCCGAUGAGUCUUAUCACGUGGCGGAAAGAAUAUUCUGGAUCAUUUGCGUCAUCGUGUCCUGGUUCGGCUCGGCGAUGUUGAUUGAUGCCUCGCUGGAGGCCUUCCGCACCAGUGCGAUCUCGUUCGUGGUGGAAACCAACUACCGCGAUUGGAAUACCAGGUUCCCGGCGAUCGUUGUUUGUGAAAUGCGCAACAUGGAGCACAUCCAAAUGGUGGCCGAUGAGCUGUGGGGUGAAGAUCACGACUUUGCGAUGGAAGAAGUUCUCAACGAGAUUGGCUACUUUCGGGGCGAAUCGUACCACACGUUGAACGAGUGUAACAACGAGGAACCAGCGGAAAACUGCUUUCAAUCUAACUUUUCCGAUUAUGCGAGACUGGUGCGGAGUUCAUGUAAGGAGACAUUAGAGGAAUGCCUCUGGAAUGAUAAACCAUUUGAUUGCUGUAAGUACUUUCAACCGAUGGAGACGGAACUGGGACUGUGCUAUGCUGUGAAUUCCGAUCAAACCAGUGCGAAGAAUCGUGUGAAGAUUGACAUGAUUUCGAAUAAGUAUACCGGCCCGGGGAAGCUGAAGAUUAAAGUGCUGACGGAAUCGUAUGUUUAUACGCUGGGAUCAGAAGAUGUGCCGAAUCUCAUAACACCAAAGUCGGAGGUUCUAUUGAUUGAUUACUAUAUUGCGUACAAGCGUCAAAUAUCCAUCAAAGACAUCGAAAACGACCCGGAAACGAAGCAGAUCAGCGUUGAGCAACGCAAAUGCCGCUACCCGGACGAGAACAUCUUGGACGUCCACGCCUAUUACAGCUACAGCGCCUGUUCGGUGCAAUGCAGGAAGGAUAAACAGUUGCAAAUCUGCAAUUGCACAAGUCACCUGAUGCCGAACACAGAUCCUGCCCUCAAGUGCAACAUGACCGGGCUGGUGUGUCUGAAUGCCCACUACGAAGAGCUGACCAUCGUCAUCCCCAAGUGGUCCACCGGGAAGCAGGGGGUCGUCUGCGACUGUCUGCCCUCCUGCACCGAGGUGGACAUUGCGAUCGUGCACGAUUCGCGUGAAAGUCUGUACAACCCGGAAAAUCGCUACUCGACGAUCGAGAUCGAGCUGGCCGCGCUGCCAACGGAACGCUACAAGCGCAACGUCGUACGUGGACGGCUCGACCUGGUGGUGUCGGUGGGAGGAACCACAGGAUUGUUCGUUGGAGCAAGUUUGCUUUCAUUUGUGGAGAUUGUGUACUACUUUACUAUCCGUCCAUAUGGGACAGUUUUCAUGAGGAAACAACAACGGGUCCAACAAAGAGCCCAAUAAAAGUUGACGUCUAAUAAAGAACUUGAGAGCUUGAACAGUGAAUUGUCUUCACUUGUCAUAAUACAAGUUAGUUCUAU